AGUUCCGGAGUUUAGAAUCGGAGAGUUCACGAAAAUUUUACAAGUUCUCUCACCAAUUAAGAAUUUUUCUACGUAUGGUAACCUUCGAUGUGACUCUUUUAAGUUAUUAUGUGCGAAAAACCGCCGAGAAUAAGCUUGCUACUCCCGCGUUUUCGAUGAUCGCUGCUUCAUGAACGCGCGAAUGUUUGCCGCCCUUUUGAACGCAAGCGAUGACGCUGCGCCGGACGACGACACUCGAAGCCUCGGCGCUGCUGCAAGUCCUUCGCACCGCACCACAACGUCGACAUCUCCGAACUUGCACCGAUGCCAGAACCGUCAAGACGGGCUUCGACCCCGCAACUUGCCGCUCCAACUUCCGGGUCAAGGACAUCCUCGAACGAGGGGACCUGUCGCGCGCACGGUGGAUGUUCGAUCAAAUGCCCAAUAGAAAUACGGUCUCGACUAACAUGAUGAUAUCCGGGUACGUGAAUGCCGGCGAUCUGGUGAGCGGGAGGAAGCUUCUCGAUGGCAUGACUGAGCGCACGGCGGUCUCAUGGACGAUCUUGAUGGGCGGGUACUUGCGGGCUGACAAGGUAAGUGAAGCAUUCGAGCUUUUCGGGGAGAUGCACCGGUGUGGCACGGAGGCAGACUACGUGACUUUCGCCACAUUGUUGUCGGGCGUACGUGACUCUGAUACAUAUAAUGAAGUGAUUCAAGUCCAUGCUCAGAUAAUCAAACUGGGGUUCGAUUUGGUUCUCAUUGUUAACAAUGCGUUGUUAGAUGCUUAUUGCAAGUCUUGUCGGCUUGGCUUAGGUAGCCAGUUGUUCAAGGAAGUGCCUGAGAAAGAUUGUGUCACGUUCAAUGCACUGAUGACUGGAUACUUGAAUGAAGGCUUGUUUGAGGAAGCGAUUAAUCUCUUUGUUGAGAUGCAAAAGUUGGGUUUCAGGCCUUCGGAGUUCACCUUCACGGCAAUUUUAGCUGCAGGUAUUGGGUUAGCUGAUGUAGGAUUCGGAAAACAGAUUCACAGCCUCGUCCUCAAGACUAAUUUCCUGUGGAACGUGUUUCUUGGGAAUGCGUUGUUGGACUCUUAUUCGAAGCAUGAUCGUGUGGAAGAAGCAAGGAAACUUUUUGACGAGAUGCUGGAGGUGGAUUGUGUUUCCUACAAUGUCAUCAUCACUGGUUACGCAUGGGAUGGGCAAGUAGAGGCUUGUCUUGGCAUUUUUCGCAGACUUCAGUCUACUAGAUUUGAUAGGAGGCAAUUCCCUUUCUCCACCUUGCUUAGUAUGGCAGCAAACACGGCCGACUUUGAAAUGGGUCGACAGAUUCAUUGCCAGACCAUAGUGACAAAAGCUGAUUCAGAAAUCCUUGUUGGAAAUGCUUUGGUCGACAUGUAUGCGAAAUGUGCUAGAUAUAAGGAAGCUAAGAUUAUAUUUGCUGAUCUUGCUUACAGAAGCUCGGUCCCCUGGACAGCCUUGAUUUCUGCUUAUAUUCAGAAUGGCCUCCAUGAAGAAGGCUUGAAACUGUUCGUUGAGAUGCAAAGAGCCAAUGUUAGUGCUGAUCAGGCCACUUUUGCUAGCAUUUUGAAAGCCUCUGCAGCUUUGGCAUCACGUUCACUUGGAGAACAAUUGCAUUCGUUUGUGAUCAGAUUGGGAUACAUUUCAAACGUGUUUGCAGCGAGUGCACUCGUCGACAUGUAUGCAAAAUGUGGAUCCAUGAAAGAUGCAGUUCAAACUUUUGAAGAAAUGCCUGAGAGGAAUGUUGUGUCCUGGAAUUCUCUCAUUUCAGCUUAUGCUCAAAAUGGGGACGGUCUGGCAACUCUUCACACAUUUGAAUCCAUGGUUGAAUCAGGUCUUCGGCCUGAUUCCGUUGGAUUCCUCAAUGUUUUAUCAGCUUGCAGUCACUGUGGAAAGGUUGAAGAGGGGCUAAAGUACUUUGAUUUGAUGAGUAAUACAUAUGCACUCGUUCCUAAGAGAGAACAUUUUGCUUGUAUGGUUGAUGUGCUGUGUCGAAGUGGACAAUUUGGUGAAGCAGAGAAGUUCAUGUCUCAAAUGCCAUUUGAGGCCGACGAGAUUAUGUGGAUGUCAGUUCUGAAUUCAUGUAGGAUACACAAGAACCAAGAACUAGCCAAGGAAGCAGCAGACAAACUUUUCGCUAUGGAGGAGCUUAGAGAUGCUGCUUCUUAUGUCAACAUGUCUAAUAUAUAUGCGGCCGCAGGGCAGUGGGAUUGUGUCAUACAAGUGAAGAAAGCAAUGAGGGAAAGAGGAAUGAAAAAGGUCCCUGCAUGUAGUUGGGUUGAGAUUAAACAUAGAACUCAUGUCUUUAUGGCAAGUGAUAAUUUGCAUCCCCAAAUAGAGGAGAUCAGGAGAAAAAUUGACACAUUGGCGGAAGAGAUGGAGAAAGAAGGAUAUAAACCUGACACAAGUUGUGCUCUUCACGAUGUUGAUGAAGAAGUUAAGAUUGAAUCUCUUAAAUAUCAUAGCGAAAGAUUAGCAAUUGCAUUUGCACUUAUUAGCACACCUAAGGGAUUGCCUAUCCUUAUAAUGAAGAACUUGAGAGCCUGUACAGACUGUCAUGCUGCAAUCAAGGUGAUAUCAAGGAUUGUUCAAAGGGAAAUUACAGUUCGAGAUUCAAGCAGGUUUCAUCACUUUAGAGAUGGAAUUUGCUCUUGUGGUGAUUAUUGGUAGGUUCUGCAUGGAAAAUUGCCUGCAAUGGAUGACAAGGUCACAAAAACAAGUUCUUGGGUUUAUUCAGGGCUAGAUAACUGUAAUCCAGUGUUGCUUUAGAUCGAACAGCUGAUUCGAGUUGAUAAUAAAAGGUACUAUUCUGGAGCUUUCAUUUCAUCAUCAGUUUAUGAUGAAUUAGUGCAUAGAGGGCACAAAGGCUAAAGGAAUAGUAAUUCAUAAGAUUCUGACUUGUAAAAUUUACACAGAGUGGCAACUAUGUCUAAAUGAUUUAUAUUGUUUUUACCUUUUAAAGAGACAAUGUUUAUUAAGUAUGGUCUGAUUGUUGGUUAAAUAGGUUUGGGCGAAAGGAACAAGCUAUUUCAACGUCGUGUCCUUUAUAUGGAAAUCAAAUGACAGGGAACCGUCUGUAGUCCCAGAUGUCUCAUGGGCUUCGAUGGCUAAUCCUUCUUUAACUGGUUCAUGAUUCAUGAAAUGAGACCUACCUUUUCCUUUCUGUGACGUACAAAUACUUUUGACUAGGAUUCUUUUCCCUGAAUUAUGAGCAAGAGCAUUUCGUGUAUCUCAUAUGAUCUACCUGUAAGGCGUGGUUAUUUUUCAUUUUGGUUACCUAGGCAGAAACCUUUCUGAAUUGGUUAAACAAUGAACGGGUCUCAAACAAAUUUAGGAUGGUAGCCACCAUAUUUACAAUUAUAUUAUGUCGGCUCUCCUACUGGUAUGGUCAAUUGACUUGUAAUAUGAUCAUCAGCUUUUUUUUUGGAUAUGGAGUUAAUAGUAUUUUUAUCAGAUUAAUUGUUCCUUUGCAUGUUCCUUUCCUCUCUCUCAUUUGAUAUUUUCAGUGAUGCUUUUUCUAAGUGAUUUUUCGGGUAAUGCUUGUCAAUCUUCUUCACCUCUCUUAAUGUGGAGUCUAUUUGUUACAGGAGAAGUGGGAAAUCAUUGUUUUUCACAAUUGGAUUCAAUUAAACCAAGCUCAUGAAUUGACUUGCAGUGAGUUUGAUUCUGAAAUUGAUUAACCGAGAGAAGAUGCCUGGAAAUAGAGAAGCUAUUUAUAAAGAAGGCGCAGCAUGUGGAGCUUUGGGCUUCCUGCGCUGAUGUUGAGAUUCCUCUUGGAGAGGAAACAUCCUCAAAGGAUACAAACUCGUAAGACGCUUCUUCGCAACUGGGGCGUGGCUGGAGAUGUCGACAGCAUGGUGAAAAGUGAUUUUCCUGGAAUACAAGGUGUCUCGGGUAAUUAUCUUCCAUUUUCACAAAAAAACAAGGAAGUUGUCUAUUGAAAUUGCUCUGUCUUGCAUGUUUAGGAUUCGAGUAUAACCACCAUAGCCAACAAUUCUCUGCUGAGCCUGCCAGAAGAAUGUGUUUUUAUGGUAUGGCUAUCAAUCUCUGGCUCUCUGCUAGGUCAUGUGAACGUGCCAUUUUCCGCCAAAGAUGACAAUGGAAGCUGAAUCGUCAGAAGCUUCAAAGCAGAAGAUC